UAACGCUACUUGAGCCGGACCAAUAGGAGGCGCUGUAACAUCAUCUGCAAAACGCCGUUGAUCAGAAGCAGAAGAAGACCAUAGUUGCGGGAAAACUGAAGCGGAUGAUCCCAGUGUUGAAAACUGCAGACUGCAAACAAACAAGAUUUUUCUUUUAUAGCUUUUAAAAAACCAUCAUGAACUCCCCAAAGGCCACAGAUGUCAAAAAGGGGAUAUCAGUCCUUUGGGAGACUCUACAGUGUCCCAUAUGCUUGGAUUUAAUGACAGUACCAGUAUCUACUAAGUGUGACCAUCAGUUUUGCAAAUUUUGUAUGCUGAAACUUUUGGACAACUCUAAACAAAACAGAGCCAACUGUCCAGUGUGUAAAACCAAGAUAACCAAAAGGAGCUUGCAGGAGAGCCCUGGGUUUCAGAGACUUGUAACAGGAUUGCAGGACAUGAUACAAGCAUAUGAACAAGACACCAGCACAAACUACUUCACUGGAAUGUCCCUGCAAGAAAAACAGUCAGGUGUUACAGAUGCUGAAGCUACCAAACAUCCUCCUAAUACAUCAUCAGGAGAUACACCCUUGACUGACCUUGACAACAUGGAAAAUGCAGAUGAUGCUGAUCUUCCAAGGUCCCACUCUUCAACUAUAGCAGCCCAGAAUGGAUUUGCAAGACUCAUGGGACUUGAAGACUCAGCUCCUUUGACGACAGAAAAUGAAGGCCUUGACAGUGGCCUUGGUGAUGCCCCACUGACUUCUGACAAGAAAAUGCACAGCUCUACAGAUAAUUUGGAACCAGUAGAAACAGAAAUGUCAGAAAUUGUGGAAAAGUCGACAUCAACACACAAAACAAGAGGCAAAAGGAGAACUGGUAGAUUGGAGAACAACCCCCUUCAUCCAGUAUUAAUUUCAGAUGAGACUGAAUAUCAAUCGUUGAGAAAGUCCUCGCGGAAGAAGCAGAAAAAGGAUUCGGAGCGGGAUGAGAUCCUUGAGCAGAAAAAGAAGAAAAGUCUAGAGAAAGUUGCUGAGUGGCUCAUGAAAGUUCCAACUGAAGGAAGCCUUGAGUUGGAGAAGCCAGACGGAGAUGCUGACGACUCUGACAGCUGUUCUUCAGCUUCAACAAUAGAUGUCAAGCAACACAUUAGUGACGUGAAUGAAAAGAGAGAAGAUCGCGCUAAAGCUCUUGAAGAACAGGUGUUCGGCGCCGUAUACAAACGAGAGAGAAGAGGGAACAGGAGCAGCUCUCUUUUUGUUGAAUUACCAACAACUACAAAACAGAAAACAAGCACUGAAGAUAAAGAUGAGAGCAACUUUGAGGCACAGCAGCAAUUAACAGAAGAAGUAAAUGACAUUUUUAAAGAAGCAGAACAGAUGGAAGUCAUGGAGGAAAAUAGUAUAGACAAACAUGAGGAAGAGUUGAACAACUUGCCUGAAAGUGACAAAAAUAAAGGUAAAAGUGAAGUUCCCUGUCCUGUGUCUGAUACUGAAGAACCACAACCUGUAAGAAAGUCAAAGAAAAGGAUGCGUAAAGCUCUGCAGCAGGUUGACAGCGAUUUGCAGAAGCAAGCUGAGGCAACGCCAGAAAGUACAGAGCAAAAGAAAACUGACAAGAGGAAAGGUAAAAACACAAGGUCAGAAAAAGGCAAGUCUACCAGAGUCCCAAAGCCUCUUGUUCUGGUUGGGGUUCAAAAUGGAGAAACCAGUCCAAAGACUAGACCAAGAUCAGCAGAAGUUCAAGUACAAAUAGAGAACUAUCCCAGCAGUGAGGACCAAGAAACCAGUGUCACAAGAAACACCAGGAGAAGUAGAAGGCUUCAACUCUUUGCUGAGGAAGUCCAGGAAAGUCACAAGAAAGCAAUCUUGAGAGCUAGUGUAGCUGAAAAAGAUGGCAAUGUUGCAAAGGAAUCAGAGGAAGUUAAAGGUGGAACCUUGGAAAAAACUGCAUCACCUAAGAACGAAUGCAUGACAAAGUUGGCCAAAAGAAAUGGAUGUAUUUAUGAUCAAGAUUUAGGAGGGAUUGAAAACAUGGAUUCUGGUGAGAGAACGUCUUAUCUGACACCAAAAGAAGAUGUUAAAGAGUCCAUUGCUGAAGUGCCGAAUGCUGAAAACCUGUCUGAAGCCAGUGCUGCUUGUUAUGUCCCUGUGGUCCCAGAUUCUACAAGUCCAACUGAAGCUGCUGUGGUAGAUCCAACACUUGAAAGUGACAAUCCGACUAGUAGUCAGUUCCCAAAGAAUACGCAAAUGUUUGCCUGUGAGACUAAGUGCACUACAACAGAAAAUGAGGAGGACAGGAAUGAUAGCGAGCUGGACACAGAGCAACUGCUCAGGAGUUUCAAAGCCACUAAAAGGAAGUCUUUCCAUCUCGGUGCGCCGAAUGUGAAAAGAAGUCGUAGAUUUGACCAAGGAAACACGCAGAGCGAUGAAGCAGAGGAAAAUAAUCAACAAAGCAAUACAAAGACUUCUGAAAUUGCCAAACAGGAGACAUUAGCAGACAAUGAAAACUCAUCCUCCAGUGAUUUGAUCUCCCCUUCUAACUCCCCCGGCCUGACAAGAAAAACAGUUUUUGAGAAACCAGAUCAAGUUGUGGUUGAAGCCUUGAUCCCUGAUACCAGUCUUAGCAGUGCCCUCAGUCCUAAUAAAGUGUCAAAACUUGAAAUGGAAAGUCCUCAUCUUUCUGUUGUCCCUCAGCUAGUAGAUUCUGGGCUCCGAUUCACAGCUGUUGAACACGAGGAGCUAAAUGAAGCCUCUCAGAUUUCAAACAGUAAGCCUGAUUAUACAGUGAGGGAUGGUGGCAAAGGGAAGGAGAUAAGAGACAGCAUUUCUUCUGGAAAACAUUCCGUCAACACAGCUGAACAUAUCUUAGUUGCAGAGUCUUCUUUAACUCCUGAUGACCUUGUGACACCAGUUGUCCAGAUGGUCCACAGAACAAAAUCAAACAACAGCGGAAGCGCAGAGCUCAGCACGCAGUCCUCCAUCAAGAGCAACCCAAGGAAGAAGAGAAGGGCUCAGAGGCUGGACUCUUCACCCGAGUCUGCUAGCAGUGGAUCUGGAGAGGAAUUACCAACUUUGACGCAGAUUUUUGGAAAGCCAGCUCCUCUGGCUGCUGUGACCCAGGAUCAGGGAGAUUCCAGUGAAGCUAAUGGAUGCGAGGCUGCUCGUGUUACAGCUGAUACAGCAGAUCGGUUGAGCCGUCCACCUGCAUGCCCCAGUCCAGACUGUGUUAAUUCCAGUCAAGCGUCUGUGGACUUGUUUGGCACGCCAGAGGAAUGUGAUGUCCCUGUAAAUGAUACUGGUGUUUCCAUGGAAUCAUCACAAUUUUCAAGUGAAGUCCUUGUUACUCAGCAAAAGAUAGAAAUGCAGAAGGAGCUGGUGAGGCUGGAGAAGUUGAUGGCUCUGGUCUCGGAGGUGCUUCAGGAGAAGGAGGGCAGCCCUGCAAAAGAAGUCCCCUCAGAAACAAAUCAAAGCAGCAAAACCACAGGCCCUGACACUCACAGACCCCCCCUGUGUUACCAGGAUGCAGGCCAAGGUCCAGACCAGAAAGAUGUCCCAGAUGCAGAACGAGAGCCCUGCACAAAAGCAUCUCAUAGCAAAGGAGUCAUCCAGCCCAUUGUGACAAUGCAUGGCAGUACUACAGAGACAACAGUGCAGUGCUCUUCACACAUGGGCCAGAGUGUAAAAGGCACUGAAGUCUCCAAGACAGCUGGAUCAAGUUCAGCAGCCAAAACACAAAAGAACUGUGGUUUGCCAUCAGAUGGGCAGGAAGACAAAGAAAACAACACACCUAGCAGAGACAGGAGUAAAGCUAAGCUGGUGCUAGUGUCCUCUGGAUUAGAGUCCCAUGAACAGAUAAUGGUGAAAAAGUUUGCCAAACGAGUUGGGGCGCGUGUGGUUUCCCAGGUGACCUCAGAGGUGACUCAUAUAAUAAUGCAUACAGAUGAACAACUGGUGUGUGAGCGCACACUCAAGUACUUCCUUGGCAUUGCAGGCAGGAAGUGGGUGGUGAGCUUCCAGUGGAUCUCAGAGUGCUUCAAACAGAAGAAACUCUUAGAUGAGAGUCCUUUUGAAGUGAGAGGUGACGUGGUGAAUGGACCCAACCACCAGGGCCCUUCAAGAGCUCGCACCACCGAGGACAAUAAUCUGCUCAUGAAGGGCUACAAGAUCUGCUUCCAGGGGCCUUUUACAGACAUGACUACAGAUGAAAUGGAGUGGAUGGUGGAGCUCUGUGGAGCAGCUGUAGUUAGAGAUCCACUUCUCCUCGACAGUAAACAGAAGUCCCAUCAGCUGGUCAUUGUACAGCCUGGAUCAGAGUCGUCGUCAUCUGCAUACAGCCGUUUCUCCAAACAAGCCACAGUUGUGACACGCGGUUGGCUUUUGGAUACAGUUGCGACUUACACCCUCCAAAACUACAACAACUACACAACAUGAGCUGAGGGACCUGGUGCAUUAUAACCACAGCCAUGUGUUGUCUUCUCCUGAUCUGUUUUACAAAUUCUGUUUUUUAAUGUCUGGUACUGUAACCAUACUACAAUCUGUUUUACUGAUGAUUCUGUGUGUUUUGUGUGUGCAUGACAUGAUGUAUAUAAAGUUUAAUCAAUAGAAGAUACUUAA